UUCAACCAAAUAGAAAGACUAACAUUUUCGUCUUGUUUUGUGUAUAGCAAUGGCAGAGAAACAACUGAUGAUCUUUGCCCUUGAUGAUAGUGACCAUAGCUUCUAUGCCCUUGAAUGGACUCUCGAUCAUUUCUUUCCUUCUCCCUCAGCUUCCAGCUUUAAACUCAUCAUUGUUCAUGCAAAACCUAAUCCAACUUCUGUUAUAGGAGCUGUUGGACCAGGAACAACAGACAUGUACACAAUGGUAGAAACAGACAUAAAAAAGACAGCCCAGAAAAUUAUUGACAAGGCUAAAGAGUUAAGCAAGAGUAAAGGGGUUGCUAAUGUUGCAUGUGAAAUACUUGAAGGUGAUGCUAGGAAUGUUAUUUGUGAUGCUGUUGAAAGGCAUCACGCCUCUCUCUUGGUCAUGGGCAGCCAUGGCUAUGGAACUUUCAAAAGGGCUGUUUUGGGUAGCGUAAGUGACUACUGCUCUCACCAUGCUCAUUGCUCUGUGAUGAUUGUGAAGAAGCCUAAGCCAAACAAUUAAACCAACUUUUCUCCCUCCAGGAGCUGAUUUUAUUGAUCUAUAAAAGAUUGAGUUUAGUACUACAAGUACUAGCUGGAGGCUUAGAUCUUGGAUUUAAAGUUUAUAAGUUCCUACGACGACUUCAAUUUAAUAUGCAAUAGUAAUUGGUCGACGGUCAUAUAUUUAUAAAUAUUUAAUAAAUUUAUUAUAAUAGAUGUACAAGAUCAGAAUUUUGGAUUCUUUGUACUAUGCGAGUAAAUGACAAUAUAAUCCUUCACUCAA